UUGCGCGAGAACACGAGGACGAUGGUCGUACGAGAUACGUUUACAACUGUGACUAGCACGGGCAAUUGUUUCGAAAAAACUUCUAGCACGUUCUGGAGCAUCUAAAGUUAACACGCAACUUCUGAUUUGUGAAUAAUUCUGUGUAUAGUUAAUAGAUCGGUAUGAAAGAGAUACGAAAUGAGAGACAACAAAUUAGCCAAACUUUCGAAAUAUUUCUCGAAGAUUUUCUGUUACUUAUUUGAUAAUAAACUUUCCCAUCUCCGUUAUUAAUAAUCACUGACUACGUUUUAAUGUCAAGCUAUGAUACGCUCUCUAUACAUUCCUAUAAUUGAGUAAAAAACAGUUUGAUGAUUGAUGUUGACCACGGAGGUUGACAGUGUGUGUGUCAGAUCGUAUCAAUAAAAAAAAGAUGACUCACAAUCAUCACAAUAUAAAGGUGUGUGAAAUUUGGUAACAUGAGAUACGUUUAAUAAAUAUGGAAUUCCGAAAUACGUUUUUAAUAUGCUACAUAUUCUUCACUGUACAAAACACGUAUGGUCUCCAUAAAAAUUUAAAAUAUUAUGAAACAUUACACGCGUCCAAUUUACAACAUAACAUUGUAAAGAGAGGUGUUCAACAUAGUUAUCAUCCUUUCAACAAAAUAAGUGAAUUAGAGUUUUACUCCCAUGGAAGAUACUUUAGAUUAAUUUUAACCCCAAGGAGAGAAGUAAUUCAUUCCAAGUUUAAAGCAUAUGAGGUCAAUGGCAAUGGGGACGAAAAGACGAUACACUUGGAUCAUGAAAGUUUUUAUCAUGGUCGAGUAUUUGGUGAAAUUGAUUCCCAUGCACAGGUGCACAUUGACAAUGGUGUUCUAACAGGCAGUAUUACAAUUUCUGACGAAACAUUCCACAUCGAGCCGUCUUGGAGACAUCUUCCUCAUUUAGGAAAUGAAACGAUGAUUAUUUACAAAUCGUCGGAUGUUAAGUUUAGUUGGGAACAUUUUGAAGACGGGGAAGGGCAUACUCACAGUGUUCCUAAAACUUGUGGAUACGUGAAAGAAGAAUUGGACAUUCCAAUGUACGAAGAGAAAGACGAAGAAUUUGAUAUUAAAUUAAAUGGGCAUUUUAGAAUGAAACGCCAAACAGAAACUUAUGAAUACACUCCGACAAAAACGAGAUGUCCAUUACUCUUGGUUGCCGAUUAUCGUUUUUAUCAGGAAAUGGGUGCUAGCAGUACAAAAACUACUAUUAACUAUUUGAUAAGUUUGAUUGAUAGAGUGCAUAAAAUUUAUAACGAUACUCUGUGGCAAGAACGGCAAGAGCAAGAUGGAUUCAAAGGAAUGGGUUUCGUUAUAAAAAAGAUCGUAGUUCACAGUGAACCGACUCGAGUGAAAGGUGGUGAGACACAUUAUAACAUGGUCCGGGAGAAAUGGGAUGUUCGUACACUGUUAGAGGUUUUCAGCCGAGAAUAUAGUCACAAAGACUUUUGUCUGGCACACUUGUUUACUGAUCUCAAAUUCGAGGGUGGUAUAUUAGGAUUAGCAUACGUCGGAUCCCCGCGUAGAAACUCAGUAGGAGGGAUCUGCACACCAGAGUAUUUUAAGAAUGGAUACACGUUGUAUCUUAAUUCGGGUCUAAGUUCUAGUAGGAAUCACUAUGGGCAAAGAGUUAUUACGAGAGAAGCUGAUUUAGUAACUGCACAUGAAUUCGGACACAACUGGGGAUCUGAACACGAUCCAGAUAUAACGGAAUGUAGUCCAAGUGCUAGUCAAGGAGGUUCUUACUUAAUGUACACGUAUAGCGUUAGCGGAUACGAUGUAAACAAUAAGCGUUUUUCACCGUGUAGUUUAAGAUCUAUUAGGAAGGUACUGCAAGCGAAGUCUGGCCGGUGUUUCUCUGAACCGGAGGAAUCAUUUUGUGGUAAUUUACGGGUCGAAGGAGACGAGGAGUGUGACGCAGGAUUACUCGGUACCGAAGAUAACGAUGCUUGCUGCGAUAAAAACUGCAAACUCCGUAGGAGUCAAGGAGCAGUGUGCAGUGACAAGAAUUCGCCAUGCUGUCAAGGUUGUGCGUUUAUGCCAUUGGGCGUGAAAUGUCGCGACGCACAAUACGCCACGUGCGAACAAGAGUCGCGUUGCACUGGCGCGAACAGCGAAUGUCCUAGAUCUCCACCGAUGAAGGAUGGCACGGGUUGCCUAGAGAGAGGACAGUGCAGACUUGGGAAAUGCAUACCGUAUUGCGAAACGCAGGGUCUGCAGAGUUGCAUGUGUGAUACGAUCGGAGAUGCGUGCAAACGGUGCUGCCGAAUGAGUUUGAACGAAACAUGCUUUCCCAUAGAUCCUCAAGAUAUUUUACCCGACGGGACACCAUGUAUUCAAGGGUUUUGUAAUAAGGGUGUCUGCGAGAAAACGAUUCAAGACGUAGUAGAACGAUUUUGGGAUAUUAUCGAGGAUAUAAAUAUUAACAAAGUGAUGCGAUUCUUAAAAGAUAACAUAGUCGGCGCUGUUAUAAUCAUUACUGCGAUUGUAUGGAUACCAACUAGUUGCGUUAUCAGUUAUAUCGAUCAUAGACGCGUGAAAGAGAGUCAGAAAAAGUGGCGUUGGAAACACACAGACGAGCUCAUUCAUCCUGACGAGCAGAGACAAGUUAUUUAUGUAGGAGGGCAACGAUCGAGAGUGGUCACUCAACAGUCUUAGGUAUAAGUAUCGUAUUCAUAAUGAAGUCUCUAGUCAUUAACUCGAUCGCUGCUGUUCUUUAUACAAAUUUUCGUUUGUAAAAAAUGUUUAUACUAAGCGAGGAUUAUAUUUAAUAAUAUAUGUACACAUUACGAAAUAAUAAUAUGCGCCUGGCGGGCGCUCGUGCAAGCA